CGUGGUUUUAUUUAUGUAACUUACGGCGUCAGAAUAUAGCUCAGAAUUUACUGUUGUGCGGGCAGCGACGGUUAAAAUAUGUCGAUAUUGUGAUAAAAUAUCCACAGAAAGAUAUUAUAUCGCAAGAUCGUUAUUUUAGGGUACGUUGGAUGAAGCUGUGAGAAUCUUAUUAUUCACCAUAGAUUGAAAAACAAAGACUGGAUGGCACUCUGGACAAUCGUGUGAAACAGGGAUUAACUUCCUAUUAGAGAAAAAAAAGUCUCGAUACCGCAUUGAAAAGGUCUGCUUACUACAAUCCCUCAGGAGAAGCUCAUGGUAGUAGAUCAACAUUACUGCCUGAACUGAAACCAUCUGAAGCUGCUCACACCGGCGCCUCUUGGGUGCUGUUAGAAAGGACUGCAGACGUUCAUAUUUCACAGUGGUGUUACAUGUAAGAUACGUUGGACAUGGAGCAUCUGGAUUGUCCCAUAUGCCUGUUUCUUCUGUUUGAACCAGUGACGAUGAGCUGCGGUCACUCGUUCUGCCGCAGGUGCAUUAUGGGAGUCUGUGUACCGUCCAGAUGCCCAGUCUGCAUGGAGAGGCUAAAGCAAAGGGACGCAAAAAACAUAAAAAACAACGUUUUGCUCUUCUGUAUCAUUGAGAAAUACUGCCCUGAGGAAACCAAGACGAGAUCUGAAAUACAGGAGAGGCUGGUGGCUGGAGACUUUACAAAAGCACUGCUAAAGAUAGAUCCUGUUGAUUUGAGUCUGAAAGCAUGGAAGGCAGAGGCCAACAUAGGGCUCCGGUGCUUUUCUGAAGCUCUUUGUGACCUGGAAGAUUUGUGUUGUGCCAGGCCAAACUGGUCUGAGGCAUUCUUCCAAAGAGGGAAUGUGCUGCUGGAGAUGGGGAGACUGACUGAAGCUCUCAUGCAAUUCCAUCACUGUCUAAAACAGCAGCCUGAAUUUGCUGCUGCUAAGAACCAGAUUAGGAAGGUAUGGGAGAUCUUGGAGAUGGAGGGCAUGGCCACACCAGAGGAGGUGCCCCAGAUCUUGCAAGCUGUGGAUGAUUAUCUUCGAGACUGCAGUUCUCAAACUGAUACCUUUGGUUCUCCCCCCACUGAGGGCCUGAAGUUACCCUGGAAGCAGAUGGAGGACAAGUUUCCUUGUGAGCAGCAGACUACAUCUCAUGUCAAGCACAACGCCAGUACUGAGUUCCAGCCCGUGGCUUUCAUUUGCACAGCCCAGGAGAGUGAUGAGCAGAUGGUAAAGAAGAAGGAAAUACAGAUGAGUGUGGACCAGGAGACAUCACCCCUGUCAGUGUCUGACUUUGAGUGCCCCCUCUGCAUCAGGCUGUUCUAUGAUCCGGUUACAACACCAUGUGGGCACACAUUCUGCAAGAACUGUAUUGAGAGAAGUCUUGACCAUAAUCUUCGCUGUCCACUGUGUAAACAAGCACUACAGGAAUAUUUCAAGAAAAGGAAGUACAACCCCACGAUUCUAUUGCAGGAGAUUAUGACCCGCCUCUUCCCCCAGCAGCUGGCUGAAAGAAAACAGGUGCAUGAUACAGAGAUGGCUGAGCUUUCCAAUUUGACCAAAGACAUCCCAAUCUUUGUGUGUACUGUGGCCUACCCCGGUAUCCCAUGCCCACUGCAUGUUUUUGAGCCACGCUACAGGUUGAUGAUGCGCAGAUGUAUAGAGACCGGCACCAAGAAAUUUGGCAUGUGCAGCUAUGAGCAUGGGAAAGGGUUUGCAGAUUAUGGCUGUAUGCUGGAGAUUCUGGACCAAAAUGUGCUCGCUGAUGGCCGCUCUUAUGUGAACACAGUGGGAGGAAGUCGAUUCCGUGUGCUUCAGAGAGGCCAGCGGGAUGGCUACCAAACAGCUGACAUUGAGUACCUACAAGACCAUAAGGCAGAUGAUGCUGAGCUUGAAAUGCUGCAAUGCCUCCAUGACAGUGUGUAUCAGCAGGCCAGGGAGUGGUACCAAAGACUCAAUAGCCGCAUCCGGGAGCAGAUCACCCAACAGCAUGGAGACAUGCCUGAGAGAGAGGAUAACAUUCAGGCAUCUUCUGAUGGUCCUGUGUGGUGCUGGUGGCUUCUAUCUGUGCUUCAGUUAGAUCCAGCUUACCAGACAACAGUUCUGUCCCUUACCACCCUGAAGGACCGAUUGGGACAUCUGCGUAUUGUAUUGGAGUACUUUUCUCAGAGAUAGGACAACACACACACACACACACACACACAUACACACACACACACGCACGCACAUACGCACGCACGCACGCACGCACGCACGCGCACACACACACACACACACACACACACACACACACACACAGGGCAGGGCUUUGUCCUUCCUUCGCUGCCUUAUUUGUGCAAUAUGUCUGGGUAUUUUUGUAAACUAUAUUUAGUUUCUAUCUACAAUGGUUUGGUUCGCUUCCAUUGUUGUUUACCUGAGCAAUUAAGUUUAAAACAGUAGAUAAUUUAGGCUAGAGGUGUGCACAGGGAUUCGGCAUAAAUUAGUACAGAUAGGACAUUUUUGGAUAUGACGCCUUUAGAACACAGAAAUGCAAUGCUGAUUUUUAGCAUAUUGGGAUUUGGCAUGGCAUUUGCGUAUAUAUUUAAGCAAAAUAACCUGCUCUAUGAUUACUGUGAAAAAUAAUAGAAAAAUUCAGGAAUGCGCUUUAUUGCUUUUUAGGAGACUACAUUAGUGGAAUUAAAUAAACGAUGCUGUGCAUACCUUUACUUAAUACUGUACAAAUACAUACAGGUAUAGAGCACAAAUUAAUCAUUGAUACUUGUGUAUUGAUAAAUCUAUAAACUUGACUAUGUAUAUACAUCUAUCAUAGAAGUCCUGAAUUAAAUAUAUGAUGCCCAUUUUAAAAUGACAAAUGAUCAGCUGUCACCUGCUGCAAGAAUGCUAUUCUAUGUGUUGCGUUCAUGACGUUCUUUGAACGAGAAUCGAACUGUAAAAUGCUAAUGCGUGAAGUUUUAAUACUGCUGAAUAAGGCUUUGUGUUAUGAGCAUGUUAAAUCUGUUAUGCCAUUUUAAAAGUAGAGCUUCCAAUUUUUACUCAUAAUUCAAGUAGUGAUUUGAAUAAUACCUCGAGGCAAAUUCAUAUUGCGAUAAUGGUGAUAAGGAAUCAAAACAUUUAUUUUGAACAGUUUGAAUGGAUUUAGGCUUAGACAAUGGAUUUAGGCUGAGAAUCAAGGAUAAGAGAAUUAAUGCCACUGAACGCAUAUGUGGAGGUACAAGAUUAUCUAAGAUUGUUUCCAUGUUAUUUUGUGGCCAUCAGUAUAUUUUUAAGAGUCAGUCUUUGUGGUUUUCUCAUCAUCAUCUCAAAAGGGAUUUGUGCCUUUGGGUUUAAAGUCUUAAUCUGGACAAGUAAGAUUAACAGCUUAUGUACAUUUGGUACAUUGUAAAUAGGCUGAAUGAGUAAGCAGAUAAUAAUGAUAAUAAAACAAAUUAAAAAAUAAUAAUAAUUAUCACUGUUAUCAUAAUCAUCAUUUGAUAAUGAAGAUAAGCUUAAAUUAAAAACAAUUUAUUUUUAUGCUGUGUAAUGUACUGUGUUAAAGUUCUGGUAAAGGGAUAAUAGCUGGGUGAUAGAUAGGUGUUGGAUUGGUGUUGGAUGUAAAAAAAAAAAAAAGAAAAUCUGCAAUCACUAUUUACACAUUUGUUAAUCAACACAUUUUUCUUCUAGUGCAUUUUAUAUGCAUUUUAUCAGCAACAAGGAUUUUUAUUUUUUUGUCACUAGUUAAGGGAUUCCAAAAUUCAUUCAUUCAUUCAUUCAUUUUCUACCGCUAUAUCCGAACUUCUCGGGUCACGGGGAGCCUGUGCCUAUCUCAGGCGUCAUCGGGCAUCAAGGCAGGAUACACCCUGGACGGAGUGGAUUCCAAAAUUAUGUUUUGUAUAUUAAUUCCAUAGCAAUAAAAAUGAAUGUUAGACAUGUAAUUCAGUUUGAUUAGCCUGAGAUGGCCAAGCAAGUGUGAACUUGUAGAGAUUUCAUUAAGCUUGUUCAAGUCAUGCAGAAAUGUGUUUUCAGACAGUUUUGGAGAAAUUUUUUAAUCUUUCAUUUUGUUUUAAACCCUUACUUCUGAAUAAAAAUAAGAAAUAUUAAAAAGGA